AUGACAAAAGCAGUGGCGCAUUCAUUUUUCGGUCCGUCGGGCCUAAACGUCGCGGUUAACUUCUUCAAAACUUCUCCUAUUCCUGAUGGUUUUCAAAAGAACAUGGGAAAGCCGAAGGGAAUUCGUACGGCUCGUAAAUUGAAGAUCCAUCGCCAGUCCCAAAGGUGGUGUGAUAAGGCGUACAAAAAGGCACAUCUUGGAACCCGAUGGAAGUCCAAUCCAUUUGGAGGCGCUUCUCACGCCAAGGGAAUCGUUCUCGAGAAAAUCGGUGUAGAGGCUAAGCAGCCUAACUCUGCCAUUCGCAAAUGCGUCCGUGUGCAGUUGAUCAAGAACGGAAAGAAAAUCACAGCUUUCGUCCCCAAUGACGGUUGUCUCAACUUCGUUGAGGAGAACGAUGAAGUGCUUGUUUCUGGCUUCGGUCGAUCUGGUCACGCCGUUGGAGAUAUUCCUGGAGUUCGUUUCAAGAUCGUCAAGGUCGCUAACACUUCGCUUUCUGCCCUGUUCAAAGGAAAGAAGGAGAGACCACGUUCGUAAAUACUGUUCGUUAUUGUUGUUACG